AUGUUCAUUUCAGAUGGGUACCUUCAGAGUCUAACCUCUGUACCUUACACCCUCUUUAGUAUUACGUUACCGUGGUUCUUUUUGGUAUUGUAUGUGGUUUACUAUUACAUUAAACGACCACGUGAGUUCUCCACCACCGCAAUUGCACCUUUUCUACUUUUUAUGGAUUAUUUAACAGAUGGGGCAACUGCGGGGUAUGAUAAACCUCUUAUGAAUCUUUUUCAUCCAGAGUUAAUCGGAAAUUAUGUGGAUAGGGGUUUACUACGGGCAAUGGUGCGAUGUCUGUGUAAACGUGUUGGAAAGGUCGUUCACAUUCCACGUGAUACUGCCAUGAUGAAGAGCCGAGGGAAUAACGUGAAUUUCAUUGCACUUGUGGAUUUUCAAUACGCUAAACAAGUAAAAUGCCGCAUUUCAUGGACCUGGCGUCCAACAGGAAAUAUGCUGCACACAAAGAAUGGACCUAUACGACCUUUUUAUGUGACUGGGUUUCGUGUGGAGCCGGCGGGAGGAAAAGAAUUUGAUGUUGUGGAGUUUCUGCGCACAGAUGACUUUGUGCCGUUUGCAGAGAGUUUUGUGGAGCGAUUGUUUGAGCGCCCACCAAAAGCCGCUGUGGAGAUGAUGGUGCCAGCACUGCAGGAACGAUAUGUGAAUGACUUGGAUAAACUGCAGCGGAGUAUUCAACAUGUAUGCGGAACCACAGAGAAAACAGCAGGGGAGCCAAAUAUCACUCUUGUGGGGGAAUCCAUACUCCGUGCGAGUACCUCAGCGAAUACCGCCGCUGCUGCCGAAACUGAUGGGAAUAAUCGUGGAGAGGGAAAUACGGCGGAAGAUACUAAUACUAAUACUAAUACUUCUUCUUCUUCUACUAAAGCCAAUACUCCAAGUGGCGGUGAUGCCAAGGGAUCUGCUAUACAAGGAAUUGAAUUCCGUUUCUUUGUAAAUGGUAUCAGUCAACGCGAGAUGGAAGUGACUGUGGCGGUUGUGUUUGCCGGGCUUCGAUGUUAUGUGAACCGCUAUGAAGUGCGUGCACUCCCAGACACACGCACGCAGGUGGUGUUGGACCAUGAUACAGGGGAAAAGACUAUUGUGGCGUGA